AUGAUCUUUAAAUCUAAAUAUCCAGAUAUAAAAAUUCCUCAAGUCGGAAUUUAUCAAUAUGUGACUAGUAAUCCAUACAAAAUUUCAGAUGAUAAGAUUAUUUACGUGGACUGUAUUACUGGUAAAAGUUACACUUUUGGCGAAUUUAAACAUGAAUCGAAAAAGUUUGCUGCAGGUUUACAGGAUAAGUUAGGACUUCAACAGGAAUUAUCUUAUCAUUUAACCGAUUCAGGUGCAUCGAUUCUAAUCGUGCAUCCGGAAUUUUUUGAAGCCGCUAUUGAAGCUUCAAUCAAUGCAAAAAUUCCCACCUUCAGGGUAUUGUUGUUUGGUGAUAAAGAAAUAAAGAGAUAUAAACCUUAUCGCUCUAUUUUAACUUGUGAUCGUGAAAUUGAGCCGGUUAAUUAUACUCCUGAAGAAGCAAAAUCAACGACUGCUUAUAUAGUUUACAGUUCUGGAUCUACCGGAAAGCCAAAAGGCGUCGAACGUACUCACACAAACGUAACUGCUUCUUUAGCACAAUUAACUAGUGUAGACGAUAAACUUGGACCACAUAGUGUAAUUAUGGGUGUCACAGUAAGUCAUAUAAAAGGCUUCAAUUUGGAAACGUUUUGUGAAUCAAUUCAAAAAUAUAAAAUUACCCAUAUUUAUGCUACACCGUCAACUAUACUUGAACUUGUCAAUAAUCCAUUGACUCAAAAAUUUGAUUUGUCAAGUGUGGAUAGUAUUUUAUGCGGGGGAGCUCGGUUAGAUUAUAAAUUAGAAAGAAAAUUUUAUGAAAAGUUUAAAAUAUCGGUUCUUCAAGGUUAUGGAUACAACGAACUUGGGGAAUUGUGGGUUCACGGUCCAAAUGUUAUGAAGGGUUAUCUCAAUAAUAAAGAAGCUACAGAUGCUGUUUUCGAUAAAGACGGAUUUUUUAGCUCAGGAGAUAUUGUAUCUGUUGAUGAACAAGAGUUAAUAAAUUACAAAGGUUUUCAGGUGAUACCUUCCGAACUGGAAUAUAUUCUACUUACGCAUGAUGCUGUUGCAGAUGCAGUAGUACUAGGAUAUUUUUCUGAAGAAGAAGCAACCGAAAUUCCUAUAGCAUAUGUCGCAAUUAAAAACGGGUAUGAGCAGUCUCAAUCUUUAGCAAGAGAAAUUCAAUUUUUUGUAGAUGAAAAUGUUGCACCGCAUAAAAAGUUAAGAGGUGGCAUAUUGCUUAUAGAUAAAAUUCCAAAAAGUGUGACUGGUAAAGUUCUAAAAACAGUUUUAAAGGAGAAAUUAAAGAAUGAUAAGAGAAUUAAAAUGAAUUAA